UCGGGCGGAGAGGCGGCCGCGGAAGUUACCGAAUUAAACUACAACUUCAAAGUCGAGGUCGUCGCGAUUUGUCAUCGUCUGCGCAACCUCGCCGUCGCGCUGCGCCUGCGCCGGAUUUCUUUACAACCGCGGACGACAGACCCUUAACCUUGACAAAGAACCAUUUAGAAUUUUUUUGGGAAUUAGCGGAAUAAUUGAUAAUGGACACGUAAAUGUCGGUGUGUGGCAAGUGCUACGGCACUGAAUGAGCGGCGGAGUGCGGGCCGCGGGCGCAGGGCUCGGUGCCCACUCGGCCGACGGCCAUCAGUCUCCACUAGCGACUCGAGCUCGACGGCCGUGUCGGAUGUGCGUCAGCGUCCUCGCCAAUGUUAUGAUACAAGUGCGCGGUGUUGUUUAAGAUGUUUGCGUCAGCCGCAGUGUGUCCGUUCUGUGUACCAGUUUUUAGUGCUUAAGGUGGAUUCCGGACUGUAUCAGGCCGUGGAGCACGGCCGGCGACUCGAGCGCUCCCGGGCGAUGUAUGUCAUUAAUUUAGAGAUGUCGCGGGAUAACGGCGGUGCAGAAGGGGGCGGGGGCACGGGCCGCUCGCCGUCCCCGCCGCGAGCGCCGCCCGACUCUUCCUUCCACCACCAGAUUAUGCAGAGUCACAGUCCCAGAAAGAACCAUAUCGCGGAGAGGGCCAAACAGACAUUAGAGAAUAGUUUCCUGUUGCAAUUGAAGAAGCAGCAACAGUUACAGCAAGAGAUAUUGUUGCAGCACUUCCAGCAGCAACGGCAGCAGCUAGCCGAGCAGCACGAGCAGCAGAUCAGGCAUCACUUAAAGUUAUGGGAGCAACAGAAGGCGAUGGAGGAAGCGGCUUUGCGCGAGGCGAGGGAGGCAAGAGAGGCCAGGGAGGCGAGGGAAGCGAGAGAAGCCCGUGACGUUCGCGAGAGGGGGGACCUGCGCAAGAAGGACAAGCUCGAACAUUGCGCCACCGCCUCCACGCAGGUCAAGCAGAAGCUGCAGGAGUUCCUGAAGAAGAAACAGGCGGCCGCCACCGCUAACGGCGCGAUGCCCGGCUCGCCCUACAGGAAUUGGGGCAUUGUGAAGUCGUCGUCUGGCGAGUCGAUGCCGUCGGGCGCCGCGGCGGGCGCGCACCCCUACCGUCUACCCGCGCCCCUCGCAGCUCCUCUGCCCCUCACGCUCCCCGCGCCCGCCGCGCCCGACUACCCGCUCAGAAAAACCGCGUCGGAGCCCAACAUGCUGAAGGUGCGGCUGAAGGCGAGGGUCAUCGAGCGCCGAGCGUCGCCGCUGGCCCGCCGCCCCCUCAAGACGCGCCCGAAGCCUCGCAACUGCGAAGCGGGGUCGCCGCGAGGCUCGCCGCCGGGCGCCGUCGGCAGCAGCACGCCCAUCCGCGAAGAGGAGGAGACGGGUCGCUCGCCGGAGCCCCUCUUCUCGUCGCCGUCGUUGCCCAACAUUUCUUUGGGACGGCCUCUGGCGGCGCACUGCCCCCCGCCCGCGCCGCCGCCCGCCCUGCCGCCGCUUUGCGAAUCGGAGCCCUACUGCGGCGCCGCAGCUCUGAGCGCGCGCCUGGCCAAGAGGCCCCUGGGGCGAACGCACUCGGCGCCUCUGCCCCUCGGAGACCCCGCGCUGCACCCGCAUCUGCCGCACCACUAUUUGCGCGACCAAAUCAGGAAGACGGUGUUGACUCGCGCGCACGAUGCGGCUGCCGCACAACUGCGAGAGGAGGAGGGCGAGGUGAUCGAUCUGACGAGGAAGCCCUGCCCCGUCCCUCCCGUCGCGCCUCCCGCGCCGCCGCCGCCGCCACUCGCCGCCGCGCCCCUCGCUCGCGCACUCUCUUCGCCGUUGGUGGGGGCGCGGCAGCCGCCCACGGGGCUCGCCUACGACGCCCUCAUGCUCAAGCACGGCUGCUCGUGCGGCGCCCACGCGCCCACGCACCCCGAGCACGGCGGCCGCCUGCAAUCCGUUUGGGCGCGCCUCUGCGAGACGGGCCUCGCGGCGCGAACGGAGCGCACGCGCGCGCGCAAAGCGACGAUCGAAGAGCUCGCGAGCGUGCACUCGGAGGCGCACGUGGCGGCCUUCGCCGGCCGAGGCCGCGACGCCAAAGAGCCGCGCGGGCGGGCGCUGCGGCUCGUGCGGCUGGCGUGCGGCGGCCUCGGCGUGGACGCGGACACGCCCUGGAGCGAGGCGCACACGCCGGCCGCCGCGCGGCUCGCCGCCGGUGCCCUUUUGGACCUGGCGCUGCGCACGGCCCGCAACGAGCUCCGCAACGGAUUCGCCGUCGUGCGGCCGCCGGGCCACCACGCCGAGCCCGACCAGGCGAUGGGCUUCUGCUUCUUCAACAACGUGGCGAUCGCGGCGCGGCAACUGCGGCUGCGGCUCGGCCUGCGGCGCGUGCUCAUCGUAGACUGGGACGUGCACCACGGCAACGGCACGCAGCAGGCCUUCUACGAGGACCCGGGCGUGCUCUACGUGUCGCUGCACCGCCACGACGACGGCAACUUCUUCCCGGGCACGGGCGCCGCCGACGAGUGCGGCUCCGGCGCCGGCCUCGGCUUCACGGUCAACGUGCCGUGGCCCGGUCGGCCGCCGCUGGCCGACGCCGAGUACCUGGCCGCCUUCCGAACGGUCGUCAUGCCCGUCGCCAAGGAGUACGACCCGGAGAUCGUGCUCGUGUCGUGCGGCUUCGACGCGGCCGCCGGCCACCCGGCGCCCAUGGGCGGCUACAGCGUGACGGCCGCGUGCUUCGCGCACAUGACGCGCGAGCUGAUGCAGCUGGCCAACGGCAAGGUGGUGCUGUCGCUCGAGGGUGGCUACGACCUGCCCGCCAUGUGCGACUGCGCCCAGGAGUGCGUGAAAGCGCUGCUCGGCGAGCGCAUCGCCGCGCCGCCGCUGAGCGAGCUGGCGCGGACGCCGGCGCCCCACGCCGUCGCGGCGCUGCGGGCCGUGGCGACGGCGCAGGCGGCGCACUGGCCGGCGGUCGCCCGGGCUUUGCCCCUGGCGACGCGGAGCGCGCUCGAGGCGGCGCCGGCCGUGGCGGGCGCGAGGCUCGGCUCGCUGCAGACCGAGCGUGACGCGGCGGACACGGCGGCCGCGAUGGCGACGCUGUCCAUGCACCAGCCGGCGCCGGCGGCGCCGAGCCGCUCCGGAAGCUCCCGCUCGGCGUCCGAGGAGCCGAUGGAGCAGGAUGACGCCAAGUGAGGCGACGCCGCGGACCCGGCUGUCUCCCUGAGGCUCCCCGCCGCGGGAGCUAAUCUCCGAGCGAGGCGCUCCGCCCCGCCCGGAGCCUCACAUUCCGCGCCGCCGCCCGACUCGGCCUCUCGCGUACCGGAGAGCGGAGCGAAAAGCUAUUUUUGUACGAAGAGCCCUCGGCCCUCGCGCUUCUUUUGUAAAUAGACAAUAGACGGAAGGCGAGUCACCGCGUCAAAGAUUAUAUUUAUAUAGAGAUAACGUGUAAGGUGGAAGAUGCAAUCCGAGAAGUGCAAUAUUAACGCCACGCCCCUCGCGCUCCCCUUCGGGGCUCGACCCGGGCGAACGGUUUUUGUUUAUAAUAGAAGUGGAUGUUAUUUUUGUAAAGCUACGGCCGCCGGCUUCGCCCGCCUUUUGUAUUCAAAUGUUAAAUAUUAAAAAUGUAUAUCGAUCAAAAUCGACUUGUUGGCGAGGAAGAGGAUUCGAUCCUCGGGCGAAGAGACGUAUAACGAUGUUGUGUCUUUAAGAGUUUUAUUGUUGAAAUGGAAAAGUAAAAAUAUUUAUUAAAAUGUAUAUAUAAAAUCAAUAAAUAUAUAUAUUUGGACGAA